UGAGUGUGAGUGUGAGUGUGAGUUCGCAUUAUCAACACUUGGUUACAGCCGUGGAUUCCAAUUCUAUCAUCCCUUCUCUUCUUCCUUGUUGGCUCUCUCUGUCUCUCUGUCUCUCUUUCUUCUAUCGUCAUCCUCCUCCUGUCCAAUUCACACUCACAGCACAGCACAGCAAUGGAGCUCGCUCCACUCUCACUCCCUCGCUCCACACUGCUCCUCGUCUCAGUCUCAGCUCUCUUCUUCCUGACGGCGGACUCCUCCGGCCUGGGCAUCAACUACGGCCAGAUCGCCAACAACCUCCCCCACCCGGAAUCCGUCGUCCCCCUCGUCAAAUCCAUCGGCGCCACCCGAAUCAAGCUCUACGACGCCGACCCCCGCGUCCUCAAGGCCUUCGCCAACACCGGCGUCGAGUUCAUCGUCGGCUUGGGCAACGAGUACUUGUCCUCCAUGAACGACCCCAAGCAAGCCCAGGCCUGGGUCAAGUCCAACGUCCAGUGCUACCUCCCCGCCACCAAAAUCACCUCCAUCUCCAUCGGCAACGAGGUCCUCACCUUCAACGACUCCUCCCUCUCCUCCCACCUCCUCCCCGCCAUGGAGAACAUCCACGCCGCCCUCGUCUCCUGCAACCUCCACAACCAGGUCGCCGUCACCACCGCCCACAAUUUGGGGAUUCUCGACGUCUCCUAUCCCCCCUCCGCCGGCGUCUUCCGCAAGGAUCUCGCCCAGAAGCUCUCCUGCAUUCUCGAUUUCAACAACAGAGUAGGCUCCCCCUUCCUCAUCAAUGCCUACCCCUUCUUCGCCUACAAGGCCGAUCCCAAGCAGAUUUCCUUGAAUUUCGUGCUCUUCGAGGGCUCCGGGAUCGUCGACUCCGGCUCCGGCCUGCAUUACGACAACAUGUUCCACGCCCAAAUCGACGCCGUCCAAUCCGCUCUGGACAAGCUCGGCUACAAAAAUGUCUGCCUGCAGAUCUCCGAGACGGGCUGGCCGUCGCGGGGGGACGCCGACGAGCCCGGAGCGACGCCGGAAAACGCCAAGACGUACAACAGCAACUUGCUAAAGCUCAUAUCGGAGAAGAAGGGAACGCCGAUGCGCCCCAAUUUGAAUCUCAACAUUUACUUGUUCGCUCUCUUCAACGAGAAUCAGAAGCCCGGCCCGACUUCGGAGAGGAACUUCGGGCUCUUCAAGCCCGACGGAACGCCGGUAUACAAUCUAGGGUUCAACGUGAGUGGCUUGGCGAGUACGAACUCGCCGUCGAGCUCCGACGGGAGCUCCUACGGGAAGACGCCGCCGGUCUUGAUGCCGGCGGUAGAUUCCCCCGACGGGUACUUGUCCAUCACCGCCGACGACGCAGAGAAGCUUCCUUUCCAAAGACUCUUGUCCAUGGUGUGCAUAAUGGCAUCAAUUAUUCUUGCGCUGCGACUCUGAUUGAAUCCAGGAAUCCGAAAAGGGAUUGACUGGGGACGGGAGAGGAGUUGCCGAGCCCCCCGGGGGCUGGAAAAGGCGCAUUCUCUAUUAUUCCUUUUGCAUCUUCACAAUAAAGUGUUCCACUUUUCAUCAUAUCCUCUGAUCUUUCAUUGUUCUAGCCUACAGCACUGCACUUUCAAUGAGAUUAAAGUUGUGAUGAAAUCCUAAUCCUGCACCUGUAGAAAUGUCUGAAAGUAGUUAGUAUGCAAGGACUUUCUGUCUAGUAGGAUAUGACAAAGAUGAAGGAUUGUGGAUUGAUAUCACUUUUAGGCUGGCAAUGGUGUAUUGCUUUUCCCCUCUGUAAUUUUUUUGCCUGUUGAAUAUGGCGUCUUGUUGUCUUUAGACAUUACUGAUGUAUGAAUAUUAUUGUAACAGGUAAAAGGAAUCAUAUCUUGCUGGA